AUGGCUCUCUUUCGGAACAAAUUCCAAAUUUUUGGUAUGAAUUCAUUUAAGAAUAAUUUUCAAUAUGGAGAAUUUUUAGAAACAAGACAAAAUUCUUGUGCUCAAUUUGCAAAGAGAGAUUUAAAAUAUUUUUGGAAUAAAAAGCAAAAGUCAGAACCAAUUUCAAAAAGUGACUACAAUUCAAUUAGACCACUUGAUAAUCCCUGUGUACAUUCUUCAAAGUACUGUGAAGAUUUAAAUAAGAAAAAAAAGGAAAAAAUUUGCAAGCCACAUGAAUCGUUUUGGGAUUAUUUAUUCGGGGAACCGAAAUUAAAAUCACUUCCCAAUGAUUGUUCUAAUCGUAAAUCGGAAUAUAUAUGCGACAAAAAAUUAAAUGAAGAAGCAGAUCCGAGAUUAACUGAUCCUCGUUAUACAAAGAAAGAUAUUCAUUUAUUUAGCGAACAUAAAAGACAAUUGUCGAAUAUUUGCACUGAACGCGAACCCCAACCCAAACCACCUCCACCUUAUAAAAUUCCCACAGCAGUUUUAAGUUCAAGAAUUGCGACUGCAAUUGGAGGUCACACUUGUGUUCAUAUUCCACUGCCAUCGAAGGGAGAUAAUUGUAAAAUAAAGUGCACUGAACCAGAACCGUUUUGGAUUCCUUAUAUGGAAUUUCGACCUAAGGAACGUUUGAGAAAUCCUUUUACAUGCGAAGGUGGAAAAAAAGUUGAAGACGUCCUGCGUCCAAUUAAUAAAAAUUUCUAUCCCAGUGGAAUGCCAUCAUUUAGUACGAAAAAUAUUGAACCUGACGCUGAGAAGCCAAAAAAAUUUUCACCAUGUCCUUCGAGUUCAGAGGACGAAAGUUUCGCCAACACUUGUAAGGGACGUAAAAAAUUAUCAAGGACGGAGAGAUUAAAAAUUCUCACUUCCGGAAGAGAGGGAGUGUACAAACCAAUUAAAUAA